UGCUCAAUGAGUUUUGGUUCCGGGGUCAAAGCAUACUGGGGACCCACGUUGCGUAAGGAGGGCGUGAGGGGAGAGCGGUACCGCUAGCACGGGCAAGCAGAACUCUGCAGCCCCGCAGUGAAGGCAAGGACACGAGGAGGGCUGAGGUGGGGGCGUCCCUCCACGCCUGGAGUUCUGCCGUUUGGAGUGUGCCGGGUGUGUGUGGGAGGGACCGCGAGCAUGAGACGGGCGGCCGGAGAAGGACCCGGAGAAUGUGUGGAGGGGUCGUGGAUGGGAGAAGAUGACAAAGCAACCGUGGCUGUGAGGGCUGGGUAGAGGGUCCCAGAGCUUAGGUAGUGCGAGGAGAAGCGGUGAAGGCACCCCGGUGGUCAGGGAGCCGCUGUAGGAGGACUGAGAAAUCUGAGGGGUGAGGGAGCCACGAAGGAGGUACCGGGGUGGUGGACGAGGGAGAAGUGCCCCCAGAGCGAGCAAGCUGUAGUCUGUGGGCUGGGAAAGUUACCCAAACUAGGGAUCCAGGACUUUUCCUGCUCCGUCAGCAAUGUGGGGCCGCCUCCGAGGGGCAUACCCCCUCCGUGUCCUGCUGCCCCUGCGUGGGGAGUGGAUGGCUCGGAGGGGCCUGCCACGAAGCUUGGGCCCCGGCCCUCCUCGGCGGCGGUACCGGAAGGAGGCUCUCCCAGCCACCGAUGUGCCAGUGUUGCCCAUAACCACGACCGAGAUCCGCCAGUAUUUGCGGACGCGCGGGAUCCCCUUCCAGGAUGGCCACAGCUGCCUGCGGGCACCAAGCCCUUUUGUGGGGUCCUCGCAGGCCAUGGACCAGCCGGGCGCAACCCCUUCCUUCAGCCUCUUCAUCGACAAGACCACGGGUCGAUUCCUGUGCACCGCCAGCCUGGCAGAGGGCAGCUGGGAAGACUUCCAGGCCAGCGUGGAGGGUAGAGGGGAUGGGGCCAGAGAAGGGACCCUGUUGAGUGAGCCCCUGGAGGCUGAGGACAGCGAGGAGGUCCGCAGGAUCUGGGACCGAGCGGUCCCUCUCUGGGAGCUGCCAGACCAAGAGGAGGCCCAGCUGACUCGGGUGAUGUUCGGCCUUAACAAGGUGACAGAUGACACGUUGAGGUGCUUCAGUGUGCGCUACCUACGGCCAGCUCGCAGCCUGGUCUUUCCUUGGUUCUGCCCAGGGGGCUCCGGAUUAAGGGGCCUGAAGUUGCUGAGGGCCGAAGGCCAGGGGGAUGCGGUGAAUUACGUGGAAACCACCAUUCCCCGGCCUGGGGCCUACCAUAACCUGUUCGGGUUACCACUGAUUACUCGCCGCGAUGUGGAGGUGGUCCUGACCAGUCGGGAGCUGGACAGCCUGGCCUUGUACCAGUCCACAGGCCUGCCCACCCUAACCCUCCCCCGAGGCACGGCCUGCCUACCACCUGCCCUGCUCCCUUACCUCGAACAAUUCCGGCGCAUCUUCUUCUGGUUGGGGGAUGACCUGCGCUCCUGGGAAGCCGCCAAGCUGUUUUCCCGAAAGCUUAACUCCAAGCGCUGCUCAUUAGUGCGGCCUGGGGAGCAGCAGCCCCGACCCCUGGAAGCCCUGAACCGAGGCUUGAAUCUUUCUCGAAUUCUGCGCACUGCCCUGCCAGCCUGGCACAAGUCCAUCGUGUCCUUCCGGCAGCUGCGGGAGGAGGUGCUAGGAGAACUCUCCAACGUGGAGCAGGUGGCUGGUGUCUGCUGGAGCCGCUUUCCAGACCUCAACCGCCUGCUCAAAGGGCAUCGGAAGGGCGAGUUGACUGUCUUCACAGGGCCGACUGGCAGCGGGAAAACGACGUUCAUCAGUGAGUACGCCCUGGACCUGUGUACACAAGGCGUGAACACGCUGUGGGGCAGCUUCGAGAUCAGUAACGUAAGGCUGGCCCGGGUCAUGCUCACGCAGUUUGCUGUGGGGCGGCUGGAGGAUCAACUGGACAAGUAUGACGAGUGGGCUGACCGCUUCGAAGACCUGCCCCUCUACUUCAUGACUUUCCACGGGCAGCAGAGCAUCAAGUCUGUGAUUGACACAAUGCAACACGCAGUCUACGUGUAUGAUGUAUGUCACGUGGUCAUCGACAACCUGCAGUUCAUGAUGGGUCAUGAACAGCUGUCCACAGACAGGAUUGCAGCUCAGGACUACAUCGUCGGGGCCUUUCGGAAGUUCGCCACAGACAAUAGCUGCCAUGUGACCCUGGUCAUUCACCCCCGGAAGGAGGACGAUGACAAGGAACUACAGACAGCCUCCAUUUUUGGCUCAGCCAAAGCCAGCCAGGAGGCAGACAAUGUUCUGAUCUUGCAAGACAGGAAGCUGGUGACCGGGCCAGGGAAACGGUAUCUACAGGUGUCCAAGAACCGCUUCGAUGGAGACGUGGGUGUUUUCCCGCUUGAGUUCAAUAAGAGUUCUCUGACUUUUUCCAUCCCCCCGAAGAGCAAGGCCCGGCUCAAGAAAAUCAAGGAUGACAAUGGCCUUGUAGCCAAAAAGUCCUCUUCUGGCAAAAAAGGUGCUGUGACCCAGAGCUCUGAGACUUGAGCCUCAGCCCCCUGGUCCCUACAAGCCAGAGUCCUCCAAGCCAGGGAGGUGAAGGUGGUGUCAAGGUGGCCAGAUGGACGGCCUGGGGCGCAGGCUCUGUCUCGGGCCUCUGCCCUGCUGUCCUGAGCUCUGGACCCUCCUCCAUUUGGCAGGGUUCUGUAGUGAGAAAAUGCAGCUGAACGGAUAUUUGAGACCUCCCCAUGUGCCAGGCUUUGUUUGCAGUCUUGUUUAUGCGUCACUGAGAAGAUAGAUAUGGCCUCUGCUCCUGGUGGGGAGACCAGACACGCAGUGAAUAAACAGAAAGCAGUUCCAAACAGAGAAAAACACCAGGAAGAAAAUGCUAAUGCAACAGUGUGCCGGUGGCCUAGUUUAGAUUAAGUGAUCUGAGCAGGGGCAUCUAGCCUGGGGCCUGCAGAACCAGAAAGUGAGUCACAUGUGCAUGUGGAGAAAGAGAUCCAAACAAGGAAGGUCAUGGCAGAGCCCUCCAGUGGCGAUGACCAAGUUGAGUGGAAGGCAGUGAGGUCAGGCACCUGGAACCUAGAUAGAAAUGCGGGAGUUCCUGCCCCUUUUGCCCAGGCUUUUGGAGCCAGAGGAUGGCAUGGUGGGUGUCAAGCCACUCUGCCUCCUGCCGUGUAGAGCCUGGCAUGAGGGGAGAACUCAGUAGAAUUCGGUCCUGGGCUGCUCAGGGCCUCUGGUGGCAGCUACCUCCCAAGAGACUGCAUGGCCACAGAACCUUAGGAGGAAGCUGUGAGCCCACAAAACUUGCCCCUCAUUACUGAUUCCUUUGUCUGCUGUACCAUGCAGCUAGCAUUAGAACUUUUUGUAGCAUCUUUUCCAAUUUUACUGGGGAAAAAAAGAUUUUGUCAUCAA